UUCACACUGUCCCUCGGGCACCGAGAUCGGGGCCCUUAUUGGAGGGAAAAUCCACAUUAACAGAAUAUGCUGAGUAACGCAUCUUCGGCAUAUCAUCUACCGAUAGUGAAUUCAUUUCACUGGAAGAGUUUCAGAGAUCCACUUCAUCGAUCAGGACGUUCUUUCACCUGAGAUGCCGUUAACGAACCGACUGGUGCUUUGAUCUUAAAAUGGCGCCAUCGGAAAACGUGAUUCGAUCUCACCUUCUUCAUCGGUUUGUUUAACAGCGGUGUAAAAUAUUCUGAGAUCUAAAAUGAUGCUUCAAAGAACGGUUAUUAAAACAGAAGACUGUUGCAUAGAAAGAUAUCCUGUACUAAACUCUAAAGGUAAUUCGAGUGCUUAAUCCAUGGGAGACGUCGAUGUCGACAUUUACAGUAUUAGUGGGCUUGGAAAAGGUUUGGACAUGCAUUCUGGAAGAAGUCGUCAACUUUGUCCUGCUGUAGUUAUCACUCAUGAUUCAGAUACGUACUCAUCAGCUUCAAUAAACCCUUCUUCUGGAGAAGGUCUUUUAAAUUACAAAGGUCCUGGUGGUCUAGGAUCUAGCACAUUAUCCCUCGCUGCAGACGGAAGAAAUGGUGUUUACACUGCUGGACCCCCUUCCAGAACUGGAUCUCCAAGACAUAGUAAAAUACAUCCCAGUGAAGCAGGCGGUUUAUCUAAAUCGGGAUCUACAAUGGCAGUGUUUUCGACAGAUGGUCAGCUUCCAGGAAACGAACCUCAAAUUAACCGAGGGGACCGCACAUCAAGAAAGCCAAUACAUUGUUGUACUGGAAGAGCGAAGAGGACGGCCAUUGGCUUUUUCCUUACAGUUGUCAUGUGUGGCACAUGGAUCGGCGUAACUCAUUUGCUCAAGUGGGCCUAUGUCCUUCAUCUGAAACCCUCGGUAAAUUGCAACUGUUCCUCUGUAAGCGAAAGGGGCUCCUUUUCUACGCCUUCGACGGCAGUUUUGACCAUGACAGAAACAAGAUCUACAUCUAAACAAGUAUUACCCUUAGAAAAAGAAUCGACGUUAGAGCCUUUUAAAGCCCCCUUCCUCACAACAUGGUUUUGCACUGCUUGCAACUGCUUGUUUUUCCCGGUUUAUCUUUGCACCAGAUUCUGUUCGAGAAAAUCUGACACUACAACAAAAAGUUUUCUAGAGGAGUUUGGAAGAUUCAGCCAAAAGGGACUUACCGUACUCCAUUUCUUUACCCGUUCCAUGUUCUUUUGCGUUCUUUGGGUUGCAACAAAUUAUAUGCUUAUUUAUGCUCUUGGAAAAUUGGAUGCAACCGCAGUUAUGGCUCUUCAGGCAUCUAGCGCUUCUUUCGUUUAUUUGUUAUCUUGGGUAAUACUCCAUGAGCAGUUCGUUGGUAUAAGAAUUGUAGCGGUUAUUUUAUGCGACACAGGCAUUGCACUCCUAGCUUAUAUGGAUGGCGUGUCGAGAACUUCUACAUUAGGAGGAGUGGUAUUAGCCUCUGCAGCAGCAGCAGGAUUAGCAGUGCACAAGGUGUUAUUUAAAAAAUUAAUAGGUAAUGUGAAUUUGGAUCAACUUUCCAUAUUCUUAACAUUCGUGGGACUGCUCAAUGUCUUGAUGCUUUGGCCUAUUGGACUUACCCUUUAUUUAGUCGAGGCGGAGGUUCUCGUGUGGAAUCAGCUUCCUUACGUACAAAUUGCAGGUUCAGCGGUUUUGUUUACAGUUGCCAAUGUUCUUGGAAACUUUGACAUUAUCCACAGUUAUGACACUUUCCUCAAACUAGGCAUUGUUUCAGCGGUGCCAGUUUCGGCAGUUUUGGACGUCCACCUAAACAACGUGGUUUUUGAAGGCAUGAAACUCGCAGGUAUUCUUUUAAUAUCUAUUGGUUCCAUGUUAGUCCUUCUGCCCGACAACUGGCCAGAUUACAUCACGCGACUAAUUCGUGGAAGGUGCAGAAGAUGCCCCAAAUCUAGCAAACCUGCGGAUGCUACACAGCCAAGGUCACGACUUAGGGCAUCAAGUGGAAAUGUUAAGUAACAACGCAUUGAAAUUCUAAAAUCCAUUAUAUAUUAUUUGUUCUUUGUAGCAUGAUCAAAAUUUCAGUUUCAGAUUCUGUCUGCAUUUAUCUUCACUUAGAUAUUUAUUGUGUGUUGUUCUGUGUUUUCAUUAUUUUUUGACGCGUAUUCUUACUCCUGCUGAAAUGUCUUACAAAAUAUUUUGCAUAAAGGCUCUUUAAUCAAAACUUAUUUAAAGAAAUGUUUUUCACUUGAAACUAAUGCAAUCGUAAUUAUUCAAAGUAGCACUUUUCAAAAGUGAUACUUAAGGGUAUUUAAAACUAAGGCGCAACAAGAAUUUAUCUAUUUUGCAACGGACACAGACUACAGUUUUUGACGAAUUUUAGAUAUUUUCCCCUCUCACUAAGAAUAACUAUCCCAGCUUUUAACCAUUUAAAGUAUCUAUAUUCGUCAUUGUUGCAAUUGUGUUCCCUUUCUAGAAAAUUUUUAAGAUUUAAAAUUAGUAUUAUUAUCAGGUAUUUGUCCUUCAUUUGCAAAUAAAACUUUAUAUAGGAAAAUUUAAUUACGAAUGCAUAACAAUCAUUAUAUAUUACCGUUUAUUACAAGUUUUAUAGUAUAUAUAUAUAUAUAUAUAUAUAUAUAUAGACCAAUAUUUUUCAUAAUAAUCUGCAUGGAAACGCUCGUCACGCAAUCUCGUAACAUCAGUAAACUUUUUAUAAACGAUUUUUUUUAAGUUAUGUACAAAUGCAAACAUUUUGUUUUCAAUUUGUUUACUGGCCCUGAAUAUGUUUCCCGAUUUUAAUAUUAAAUGUCUAGGCCAAUGUUUGUAGCAUAGGAGUCAAACUUGUAUUUCAUUUCUUAUAAUAAGUACAAAAUUUUCUUAAAUAUAAAAUACUAGCCGCAACGCGGCCAGCCUUAGCCAUGCGAAUGAAAAAUUCCUAAAGGGAACACCAAACAUUAAAUUUAAAAACUGCACAGAAUUUUAAGGUAAGUGAGUUACAUAUCUCCCCCCCAAAAAAAUCAAUAAAAAUGUAUUAUAUAUAAAAGAAAAAUUACAAUGAA